UCGGGUAAAUAUGUAAAUUGGUUAUUUAUUCGUUCAUUAAUAUAUCUAGUAUAUCAAUCUUUAUGAACCGCUUGCUAUAUUACACUCUACAUAUAUAGUAUUAACUUGAAAAAUAUCAACAAUAUUUGUUGAAACAUGUCGUAUAUUAGGUUCAUGGACUUGUUCAUUAAAACCUAAUAACCUCGCAAUAUUAUCGGUUACCGUAAAAUCAAUUGCAUUACUACAUUUAAGUGCGCUCUUCAAUGUAACUUCGUCUGGUUCUAAAGAGAACGAAUGAACGUACGGUUCCAGCAGUUUUUUUAAUACGGUUUCCAACUGUGACAGUUCAUAUGAUCCAGUCGGUAUUGUAAUUUCCGUUGUUACAUCAUCAAAGUCUUUAACUCCGAUUUUAUUACACUCAGUUGUAUUAUUAGGUAUAGAGUUGUUAGUAAACAAACUUAAAAGACAAAUUAACAUAUAUUAAUAUGAUCUAUUAAGUAUCUCAAUAUAUAAUUAUUAUCAGAGGGUGAUAAAAUUUUUAUGAGGAUAUGGAACAUAAUCGAGGGUUUUUGGAAAAACUGGAUACUUCAAACUAUCCAGUUAACCAUCCAUGUUACCGUACAGAGCGUUGCAAGAUUCCCGGCACUUUCACAGACGAGACUGGUGGAGAGUUUAUUUCAGCACAUGUUGCUCUAAGAUCUAAAGCAUACGGUUUUAUUCAAAAUACUAAAGAAAUUAUCAAAGCCAAAGGCGUGGCCCAUCAUGCCGUAAAAAACCAUAUAAUAUUUGAAAAUUAUAAACAGUGUCUUUUUCAGGGAAUAAUCGAUUUACCCGAAGAUUAUACUCCUUAUAGAGAAAUGCGAUCCUUUAGAUCGUACAAACACCAAAUUAAGUCGAUUGAUAGCACAAAGCUAGCGUUAAAUAGGUACGACGAUAAAAGGGUUGUGUUAAAGGAUCAAAUUCAUACAUUAGCACAUGGACACUACAAAAUUGAGAGUUUGAAAAAUCAAGGCGGAUUGGCAAAUUUCUGUAUUUAAUCAUACUUUGUAUUUAUGUAAAUAAUUGUAAUUCUGUUUUUAAAAUUGAAUGUUAAAAAUAGCUCAUUUAUUUAGAGCUUUUUCUAAAAUAUGUUAAUUAAACUUAAUUUACUUCUGUUUAUGUA